UUGCGGGUGUUGGUGGUGCAGGCGGCGUGGUGGCUGUGCUUGGGGCAGGUGCGGUACUCGGUGCCGGAGGAAGCCAAGGCCGGGACGGUGGUGGGGCGUGUGGCGCAGGACCUGGGUCUGGAGGCGGGCGAGGCGGAGGCGCGGCGGCUGCGGCUGGUGUCUGCGGGCCGGCGGGCGAGCGUGGAGGUGAGCGGGGCGAGCGGGGCGCUGGUGGUGAGCUCGCGGCUGGACCGGGAGGAGCUGUGCGGCAAGAGCGCGCCGUGCGCGCUGCGGCUGGAGGUGCUGGUGGAGCGGCCGCUGCGCGUCUUCCACGUGGAGCUGGAGGUCACCGACAUCAACGACAAUGCCCCCAUCUUCCCCGCCGCCCGAAAAAACAUCAGCAUCGCGGAAUCGUCGCUAGCAGGUUCCCGUUUCCCGCUGGAGGGCGCGUCUGAUGCAGAUAUCGGAGUGAACGCGCAGCUCUCCUACACACUCAGCCCCACCGAACAUUUCAAAAUACAGGAAGAAAACAGUAACUCGCGUACUAAAUCCUUGUUUCUGAUACUUACAAAGGCGUUGGAUCGGGAGACGAUGCCGGUGCACCGGUUGUUGCUGACGGCGAGUGACGGGGGCCGGCCGACCCUGACGGGCACUGUGGAGCUGGUGAUCUCGGUGCUGGAUGCGAACGACAACGCGCCCCAAUUUAACCAGUCAGUGUAUAACGUACAUCUACCCGAGGACGCCAAAGAAGGGAUGCUGGUGAUACAGGUGAACGCCACAGAUCCGGACGAGGGAAGUAAUAGAGAUGUGAAAUAUGAAAUCGAUACUGUUGUUCCUCCCUCUGCCUCAGAUGUUUUCAGCAUCGAUGCAAAUAGUGGAGAAAUCAGACUGACAGGAGCCCUGGACUUUGAAGCAGUUACUUUAUAUGACCUGAGUGUUAAGGCGACAGAUAAGGGGACGCCCCCACUGUCGGGUCACUGCAAGGUGGUGCUGGAGGUGCUGGACGUGAACGACAACGCGCCGGAGGUGUGGGUGACGUCGCUGUCGGUGCCGGUGUCCGAGGACGCGUCGCUGGGGACGGUGGUGGCCCUGCUGAGCGUGUCGGACCGGGACUCGGGGGCGAACGGUCGUGUGCGGUGCUGGGUGUGGCCGUCGGGUCCGUUCGUUCUGGAGGCGACGUUCUCGGGGUCGUACUCGCUGGUGCUGCGGGAGGCGCUGGACCGGGAGCGGGUGUCGGAGUACGAGGUGGAGGUGCGUGCGGAGGACGGCGGUUCGCCGGCGCUGGGCGCCCGUGUCGGGGUGCGUGUGCCGGUGUCGGACGUGAACGACAACGCGCCGUCGUUCGCGCAGGCGGUGUACACGGUGCUGGCGCGGGAGAACAACUUGGCGGGCGCGGAGCUGGCGCGGCUGUGGGCGCGGGACCCGGACGAGGCGGGCAACGGGCGCGUGAGCUACUCGUUGUGGGAGGGCGCGUCGGGCGGGGUGUCGGGGUCGUGGUGGUCGGGGACGGGCUCGGUGGGGGGUGGUGCGGCGUCGAGCUACGUGUCGGUGGAGGCGGAGAGCGGUGUGUUGCGGGCGCUGCAGCCGCUGGACUACGAGGAGGUGCAGGUGCUGCAGUUCGAGGUGCGUGCGGUGGACGCGGGGGAGCCUUCGCUGUGCGGCAACGCGACGGUGCAGCUGUUCGUGGUGGACGAGAACGACAACGCGCCGGCGCUGCUGCCGGCGGCGGGCGGCGGUGCGGAGGCCGGGGCCGUGUCGGGGGAGGCGGGGACGCUGUGGGCGUGGGCGUCGUGGGGUUCGCCGUCGGGUCAGGUGGUGGCGAAGAUCCGGGCGGUGGACGCGGACUCGGGCUACAACGCGUGGCUGCGCUACGAGCUGUGGGAGCCGCGGGGCAAGAGCGCCUUGUUCCGCGUGGGGCUGUACAGCGGCGAGGUGAGCACGGCGCGGGCGCUGGAGGAGGCGGACGGGCCGCGGCAGAGGCUGGUGAUCGUGGUGCGGGACCACGGCGAGCCGGCGCGCUCGGCCACGGCGACGCUGAGC